AUGGUGCGCCGGGUUGGAGCGGAGAACGGCGGUGGAGGCCGGCGCUCGGAGAGGAUAGAGACACGGCGCCGUGGAGGAGGAGUGGGAGCCGCGAAGGACCGGGAGAUGACGGCCGAGGUGCUCCCACCUCACACAAGCGCUCUCCAGUUUCAUGCAUCGAACACAGUCCAUUUCAUUGACAGUAGUCUGUUUGAACAAACUUCCAUGGCAUCAAGCAAGCAAGCAAGCAAAUUAAAUGAGGGGAGACAUGGAAAAAUGUUAUGA